ACCAGAAGAAGAUCCCGGAAGAAACAAGAUCAGAACCAGAAACCACAGCUACCGCGAAGUGGAAGUCAGAUCAUACAUAGAGAGCAUUUUGAAGCUGUAGCUGUUGGAUAGACCGAGCUGCUCGAUCAAUCGUGAUACACCCAAGCGAUCGGCCGAACUGUGUAGCUCGCAUAGGUAGAGAGAGGUAGUGUCGUCGAUGGAGGCGCUGAGCGGACGGGUAGGCGUCAAGUGCGGGCGGUGGAACCCGACGGCGGAGCAAGUGAAGGUGCUGACGGAGCUGUUCCGGGCGGGGCUGCGGACGCCGAGCACGGAGCAGAUCCAGCGGAUCUCCACCCACCUCAGCGCCUUCGGCAAGGUGGAGAGCAAGAACGUCUUCUACUGGUUCCAGAACCACAAGGCCCGGGAGCGCCACCACCACAAGAAACGCCGCCGGGUCGCGUCCAGCUCCCCCGAGAGCAGCAGCAACGAGGAAGAGAUAAGCGGCCUUCGCGCCGCCGUCCGCGACGCCGAGCCGGCGGACCUCGUGCUCCAGCCUCCCGAGAGCAAGCGCGAGACCAGGAGCUACAACCACCAUCAACGGAUCAUGGCAUGCUAUGUGAGGGACGUGGUGGAGCAGGAGACGAUGUGGGAGCGGCCGACGAUGACGAGGGAGGUGGAGACGCUGGAGCUGUUCCCGCUCAAGGCCUACGACCUGGAGGCGGACAGGGUCCGGUACGUCAGGGGUGGCGAGCAGCAGUGCAGGGAGAUCUCCUUCUUCGACGUGGCCACCGGACGGGAUCCGCCGCUGGAGCUCAGGCUCUGCAGCUUCGGUAUCUAGCUAGCUAGAUCGACGAACGCCUGCAUGUAGCUCGAGUUAGCGCUAGCUGCUUGUACCUGACCAUGUCACACACGAAGGCAUCAUUACCUAGUCUCUCUAUGUGAUUUUAGCUAUCCACGUUAAAAGGUGUAUGCCAUGGGAUACGGCAUGACCGUAGGGUACGUGGUCUCCAGCAGAAUCUGACGAGAUUAGAAAAAGAACAUGCAAAUCAGAUUUCCACACCCUUUUCAUCA